UUUUACAGGCAUCAGCUGUGGAAAAGCAAUUCUUUAUUAUAUUUUUCUUUAAUCACGUGGUUUUACAUUCUAUAAUCAAACUUUUUAAGGAAAGGGUAAGUAUGAGUACACGUACAAAGGUUUUGUCUAUGAAGGAGUUGGAUGAAAUAAUAGCCAAUUGGAGUGAUGAUGACUGCGAUAUCAAUUGUGUUAAUAUACUUCCGCCUGAUCGAGUCGAUGAAUGUUCGGAUGAAGAGACUAUCAAUGAUGAUGAAAUAGCCUUAAACGUGGAUCCAAAUCCAAUGAACGAAGUUGCCGGUUAUGUUGAAAUUGAAACUGAAAGAAAUGAAAUUGAAGACAGUGGCUAUCCUGAAUUUGAAGAAGGAACCCAACCUUCAACAUCGAAGAAGCCUCGAUUUGAAUACAAGCCUCUCAGUUCUUUUGGAAAACCGAAACGGACAAAAAGAAAUCAAAAGGAAUUCCAUUUUGACAUUGCUCCAAAUCCAGAAACAUUGACUGGACUCAAAGAAAAUAUUUGCUCAAAAUUGAGCAACCAUUCUCCAUUGCAAUUGUUUCAAUUAUUUUACGAUAACGAAGUCUUUGAUCUUAUUAUUAAAGAAACAAAUAUUUAUGCGGGACAAAAUAAUACCGACUUUCAAUUGGAUGAAGUGAUGCUUAAACGGUUUAUUGGUAUUUUACUCUUAUCAGGUUAUCACACUCUGCCAUCUGUUCCUGAUUAUUGGUCUUCAAAGCCAUCAUUGGGGAUCCCAAUGGUAAAACAGACCAUGAGUCGAUCAACUUUUUUGCAUAUAAAAUCAUUUAUACAUUUUGCCAACAAUAAUAAUUUAGAUAAUUCUGAUAAAAUGGCUAAGCUACGACCUUUAUUCGAUAUUCUAAAUCGAAAAUUUCUUCAAUUUGGUGUUUGGGAUGAAAAGUUAUCCAUAGAUGAACAAAUGGUUCCAUAUUUUGGAAGACACAGUUGUAAAAUGUUUAUUAGAGGCAAACCAAUUCGAUUUGGUUAUAAAUUUUGGUGUCUGUGCUCUUCUUCAGGUUAUUUAUAUUCUUUUAUACCAUACUGUGGAUCCGCUGACCAAUAUAACAAUGUUGUUGGAUUGGGAGCUGAUGUGGUUAUGCGUUUGCUUUCGAAUGUAGAAUAUCCUAUGCGACAUGAAAUGGCAGGACAACAAAGAGGUCACAAUGGCAACAAAUUUCGAUCAAAUCUUGCCCUUGCACAAUGUACAACGUUGGAAAAAAAAUCGACAUCCAAAAAGAACCCAGAAGCUGGUAAAUACGUUAUAUAUGGACAGCCAACUAUGUUACACAAUUACAACAAGGGCAUGGGGGGUGUGGAUUUGCACGACAAUGCAAUCCAGAACUAUCGAGUCAAUAUACGUGGAAAGAAAUGGUAUUGGCCUUUGUGGUGUACUACUUUGAAUUCGGCAGUUGUGAAUGCUUGGAAAUUGCAUUGCUUGAUUGCAAAACACAAAAAUGAGAAGCCUAUGAGUCAAAAAGAAUUCAAAAUCUUUGUGACAGAAGCUCUUCUUUUGACUGAAAUGAAAGAAACUACCGAUGAUGAUGAUAUAGACGAUAAGGAAUAUCGACCACAUAAUCUUCCAAAAAUUGAGGGAAAACACGUUAUAAUCAGAAAUCCUGAGGGAAAACAUCGUCGCUGCCAAUUGAAGGGUUGUGGUAAGCCAACAAUUUACAUGUGCGAAAAAUGCAAUGUUCAUUUGCAUACAAAAUGUUUCAAGUUAAAACAUGAAUAA